UAGAGAGAGAGAGGUCAGAAAAAGCUUCGCGGCGGGACGGAUCGGAUAAGAGGAGAGUAAAAAUCCGUGGACUGAAGAAGGAGGCCGUGGAGAAUCGUGUGGAGAGAACGAGACUGCCAGCGGCGGCGGCGGAAGGGGCGAGCGAAGGAAAGAGAGAGAAAGAUUGAGCAAGCUAGGGGGAACUGUCCAACGGAGGGAGUAGGACAGAGAAUGAUACGAUCGAGUCGCGAGAAACGGAGGGAGAGAGAGGCAGCUUGAUGGGGCGCGAGGGAGGGAAGGAGACGAUAAACUCGGGGUUCGGGCGGUCCGCAGGCUAUACCGGUGCGUCAGUCAGGCUCGAGACACCCGCGAGAACGGAGCGUUGGGUGGUUGCCUCCCCCAUUUUGGUAUCGGGUACGUAACGUUCGAUGCGCCCCCUCCAUCGUCGUCGUCAUCCCCUGCCCGCCUAAAGAGCCCGAGAGGAGUCUCCGGUUACGAGAGAGGCCAGUGUCGCGUAGAGUGUCGCACGAGGCGUGUUGAAAGAGAGAAGAGACCGACGCCUGUUCUCCGCGAACCGAACCGAAUUGAACCGAGCCGUACCGUUCCCGUCGCUCGAACUUCAACCCCCUGGCCCGAGCCGAUCGGUGUCGACGCGAUCAGCCCUCUCUCCUACGUCGCGCGUUCUCGAAUUCAUUUUUGUCUGGUGCCGGUUCUCCGGGGAUCCCCUUUCGGUGAGAGAUCGCAGCUACGCAAGAGGCAAGGAAGAGAAGAACAAGAGACGGUCGCGCGCGCACGCACGCACGCAAGCACGCACUCACGCACGCACGUCGUGGCGAAGGUGGUGGCCCGGAGAAGCGUUCUCUUCAAGGUUUUCCGCUCGCGAGGCUCUCUCUCGUCCGCACCGGGGGCGAAUCAGCCGCAGGAAGAACGAAGGAAGACGGUGGCGGCUACGCUACGCUAGCAGCCGAGUGUCCACGGUGUGACUGUGCGAGGAUCGAGGGCGCGCCAUAAUGGCGGAGGUGGCGACGAAGAAGUCGAUCAGCGUCGUAAGUAACAAGAAGAGCGAGGUGUGCAGUGGUGUGCAGUCUAACAACGGUUUGCUCGAUUUGGAUAACCUAACAGCGAGUAACAAUCAAUUAAUAUCGUUGUGCGACACGAACGACGACGAGGACGACCUAAUACUGACUAACAACACGCGUAACGAGCUUGACACGGACGACAAGAGCCUGCAGGAGCUGAUCGAGAGCGAGCUGGCGCUGAGGAUCAGCUCCAGCAAUAAUCAGGACACUGUCGUCGACAACGAUGACAACGAGGAACCAGCUAGCCAGCCGGAAACUGUGAAGAGGAUUGUGUUGGACAGGCGACAGGACACUCUGGACAUAAACACGGAGUUCAUAGUCGCGGAGGCGGAGCACUGUGCGCUGAUCGAGGAGCCAUACAGUUACCAGAACGGCCACGUGUCGCCGGACACCAAGAUCUCGAGUUCCUCCUACGAGGAGACCGUCAAGCCGGAGCCGGUCGUGACAGGCUUCCGGGACGAAGAGGAGGAGCAGGUAUUCGCGGAGGAGCCGGAAGUUGGCAGCGUGAUAGUCGUCGAGAAAACAAUCAACGACGAGAUCGAUCGGUCUACGUGCGAGCCCGCCGACGACGGCAGGUUAUACGAUCAAAACCAGGAGGACGACGAGAUCCCGAAUGACUCCGUGCCCAGGGCAAGCGAGACCGAAGACAGGCCAUCGGAGAUGCCCACCUUAGCCGACGAGUCCUUCGACCCUGUCCACGGAGUCGUCCCGGAGGAAGAGACCACGAUGCCAGCCUCGUGCGUGGACAAGUACCAAGAGGAAGAGGAUGUCCAGAGUAUGGUGCUAGAGGACAAGGAGUCAGAGGCGAUGCAGACAACUGACAGCAGACCGGAAGAUGACAAUUCGCGGAUGAGGAACGUGGACACCUGGUCGGAGCAGGUAACGUUUCAAGAGGGUCAACAGGCCGGCCAAUUCUCGGACAACUUCGACCUGUGCCAGCAGAGCCUGGAGAUCUGCAACUCCAGGGAAUUCGAGGAGGGAUCUUCGUUGUUUCAGACUGGCAAAUCUGAUGACAUCUUCGAGCCAGUUAUGACAGAGCCUGGCAAGGAGGAUACCGAUGAUGUGAACGAGCUGCCGGUCGAGGAAGAGUCCAAGGUAUCGUUAGACGACAGAUCUUCUAGCUCGGUGGACGAGAAAAUACCAGAGGACCCAGAGGACUGCUCGACUCCUGUGAAACCUGUCGAUGAUCCCGAAGACGACGCGCAAGAAGUGUCCACCAUGCAGUCGAGGAGCUUCGAAGACGUGACCUUGAGCCACUCAGAGGCUUCGACCGAUGCCGUGAGCACUCAAGAGUUCAUAGACACCGAACGCCGCGUGCUCAGCGAGGAGAUCGACGCUGAACGCCUUCAGGACGAGGUCCAGGCUCCAGACAGUCCCUGUCUUGAAAAGAUAGAGCCUCCGGCGAAUUUGCUAGAUAUAGACGAGGAAAUAGCGACGAAAGAGGAUAACGCGGAUGAACAGAACGCGAUUGCGGAAUCGUCCAGCGAGUUGUCGGUGUCCGAGCCGACGUUCAUCGAGAAAACGGAAGUGAACGUGUCCGAUGGCAACGCGACCGCCUAUUCCGACGCGAGGUGCCUGGAACCGGGCACCGAUUCGGAGCUGAUCGAAGACACGGAGAACCCUGAUUUGAACUCGCGCGCACCACUUGCUACCCCCGAUGACGAGGCCAGCGACGUAUCUAACGCGUGUGACAGUGAGAGCCGCGAGGAGACGAUAACGACGACGACGUCGGUGGUGACCUCGUCGAAGAGCGGCACGAAGACGAAGAAGAAGAAGAUCGAGGGCGUAGCCGGCAACGAUGCAUCGCCGAACCUCACCCCGCGCACAAAGAAGACCAAGAAGAGCAAGAAGAACGAGCUCGAGAAGGAGAACAUCUCCGUGAACUCUAACUUGCGAGAGCCGAGCAUGCACACCGGUUCCCGGCACGCGCAACCGGAAUCGCUCGAUUUCUCGAACGAGGACGAUCUGUCGAACGUGAACGUCAAGUCCCUGACAAAGACAUAUGUAUCGGAGGCGACUCGCCACGAGCAGGAUCGAUCGAUCAAGGAAAAGAUCGCGACCGGCGUGUCGAUCAAGCAGCUGUGUCGUAGCUUUGGCGACAUCUCGAGCAUGAGCGACGGCGAUCAGACGGCGUACGGGAAAGCGAAUCACGCGAUGGAGACCGAGGAGAAAGCAAGGUCGCUGGGUGAUCUUCGAUUAUGCGAGAAGGGUUACUCGAAGUUCGCCAAAGACGCGCUCGUCUUCGCCGGGGUGUCGGUCAAGGCCCUCAGGGCUUCCUACUGUAGUUUGGCAAACUUAACGAACGAGGGUAAGGAGACGGAUCGGCCGAGGUUCGAGAAGUCGAGCUUCAAUAAAUUCGACGCUCUCAGCAAGAAGACGGUACUGCAUGUGCGCUCGAUCGAUGCGGGCAAAGUGCAACAGCAGCUGAACGCAGCCGUGGGUCAAAAUGGCGACACGAACCCGAACUGCCGCAGCUGCGGCAAGGUCGUCUUCCAAAUGGAACAGACAAAGGCGGAGGGUCUGGUCUGGCACAAGAAUUGCUUCCGGUGCGUGCAGUGUAGCAAGCAGCUCAACGUGGACAAUUACGAGAGCCACGAGAGCACGCUUUACUGUAAGCCACACUUCAAGGAGCUCUUCCAACCGAAACCGGUUGAAGAGUCCGAGCAGCCCGUGCGACCUCGAAAGCCGGAGCUGAUCAUUAGGGAGAACGAGCCGAAAGAGCUGCCGCCCGACGUGGUCAGAGCCUCCGACAAACCGGACCUGGGCCUCGAGGAGCUGUCCAGCCUGAACGUGAAGUCCCGGUUCCAGGUGUUCGAAAAGGCCGGCGCCGAGGCGAACGAGAUCGAGAGGUCGCCGUCCCAGGUAGCCGUGAAGAGGUCGCCCAGCAUCCUCAGCAAGCUGGCCAAAUUCCAGGCGAAAGGCAUGGAUAUCGGAGUAGCGGACGAGUCUUUGAAUGGAAUCCCUUACGAGGAGUCGAGCGAGAGCGAAGAAGAAGAGGAGGCUGAGGAGACAGAGGAAACAGAGACAGAGAUUGUGAAGGCGAAACGAGCGACCCGCGAGCGUCCGAUCAGUUUCACGAAAAUGGACGACAUAAAGAACCGCUGGGAGACGACCAGCCAGCAGGGCAGACGCAAGGUGCAGCGCGAAGCCAGGAAAGAGGAGAUCGCUGGCAUCCGUUCGCGGCUGUUCAUGGGCAAGCAGGGCAAAAUGAAGGAGAUGUACCAGCAAGCGGUGGCCGGAAGCGACCGCGUGACGAAGAUCAACCCGGCCGAGGAGUUGCAGAAUUCCUCCGCCCACGCGCGCUCCAUCAAAGAGCGUUUCGAAAGGGGCGAGCUGAUCGGCGCAUCCGACGACGAGACGGACAACAAACCGAAACCCGAGAAGGCUGACGAGGAAGUGAUCGCCGCAGGCAUCAGCAGGAAGUCCAGAUCCUUGUUCUUGGAACUGGAUGCUUCCGCAGCGAAAACUGGUCGACCCGUGACCCCCGUGAACCCGAAGACACCCUCAGAGACCCCUCGACGCGCCAGAGACGCAUUCAUGGGUCGGCAAGUCUCGGACGACGUGGUUCGCAGCUCGGACACCACCGAGGAGGUCCAAGUCGAGACCUCGGACAUAUCGAACAAAUUCAAAUUUUUCGAGUCGUACAAGGAACCGGAAAAAGAGCGGAAGCAGUUCCGCAUUACCCCUCCGCGAGACGGUCAAGUCAAGAUGGACUCUCCCGAGCGCGAGAUCUACCGUGAUCCAGACGUGGUGCGAGCCGAAGACAGGGUGGACGAGGUGGUGCGCACGGACACCGCGAGGAAGAUGCUGUCGAUCUUCAGGCAAAUGGAGGAGAACGCGACCAAGAAAGAGGUGCCGAACGGGCCGAAGCCGCUGAAGCGGUUCACACCUCCGCCAGAGGACAAAUACGCGAAGCCGACCGCGUCGGACUCCGAGGAGGAGGAGGAGGAAGAGGGCGAGGAGUCGGAAGGCGAGGACAGCGCGGAGGAAAGAGACCCCAACUACGUGCGGGCUUCGGAUAAGGUGGAGGACGAGUUCCUGAAACAGGCGCAGAACGCGGCGCGCGCGAAGACACUGUGCGCGAAGUUCGAGCACUGGGACGAGACGGACGCGAAGACGGUCACGUCGAGCAACCAGCACAUCGCGGAAAUGGAGAUCGCCCAGAGCACCGGCGGCGACCAGGCGAGCAUAGAAUCCGCGAGCAGUUUAAGAGCCCGCUUCGAGUCACUCGGCUCGCAACAGACUGAACCCUCUCGCACGACGAAGGUCAAAGUCAAUCGAUUCGUGUAAAAGAGCCACGGGGGACGUCGAGGAUCCGAGGAGGAGAGUUGCGGACACGCGAGAGAGAUGAUCCGAAGCGGGAUGAUGACCAAGAAGAGGAAGAAGUUCGGGAGAGGAACGACGCGCGCGCACACGACCGAGGAUGACACGGAAAAGAAACUGGAAGCCAAGAAUCUUUGCGUUAUCGUCGGUGAACCACGUUGCGCCCGGAUCAUCGCGCGGUUUUUACUGGUCUUUUCUGGGUUUUCGUUUUUUAGAGGUCUUUUCUGACAAGCGUUCUCUUAGCGGAUCUAGCGUAAAUCGUGUAUAUUGUUGGCGUGUCGGGAUACGUCGAGCGAUCCGCGCACACACACGAAACUUCGUAGAUCUAGGACGACACGAUGGAAUUGAUGAUUUCGCUGAUGUACUUCAGCCUGCGGAGGUCUUUGGUCUGCAGCCAGACUUGGGUCUACAGUUAGAUAGUUGCGUAACUGAUUUCGAUUUGUAGAAAGCCUGAUUCCACAAUUAGUUUGGAUCUCUAGCUGACCUGAGAUUGUAACUUGGUUCUACGAUUAACUUAGGAUUCCUUUCAACUAGCUAACUUCGAUCGUUUAAAUUGGAUCUGUGACUAAUACAGCAUCUAACUUGAGUCUAUAAUUUGAAUCAGUAAGUGAAUUAAACUUGUGGCUAAGUUUGACUUGCAUUGAAUUUUGACCAGUAGCUAAAUUGGACCUACAGUUCACUUAGCUUUAUAGCUACUUAUGGUCUACAAUCAAUUUAAACCCGCGAUAGAUUUGAAUUUACAAACUAAUUUGGAUCUGUAUUUAACUUCAAUUUAAGGUUAACCAGGGUCUAUAAUUAACAAAGAUCCAAAGCUAACUUGGACUGGUGGCUCGGGUCUAUAGCUACCUCCGAUCCCCGGUUCUCACGGUCUAACCGAGCGCGGUGCCUAAACUUCUCAGCGCGAUCCGCGGAUCCUUCGACGUACCCGCGCGAAACUCGGCUGCGAAGUGCGAUUUUUCGAGUCUUUUUGCACGAGACCAUUUGUAAACACUUCUCGCGAGAGCUUUCUGUAAGAAAGCGCGGCGAACGAAGCUUCCUGCGACGGCUUACCCUGCAACCGCGUGCCAAAUCGUGGGAAAAUCACCGUCGAUUCCUUCGGACACGAUUAUCUCGUUACACUGCGACGAAUGCUAUGAUCGAUUAGCCGCAAACGGUGCCAAAACACUCAGAUUCAAUCGACGUUCGCCAGACGCCCGUUCCCGGAACGGUGAAGUCUGAAAAUUCGCGAGCGUCCAGCGAGGAGAAGCGUUGUCCAGUUUUUUCGAGCCAGUGACGCAAACAUUCGUCGGUUGAAUGCCUGCGAAAUCUAAGAAUCAACGUGCACGGUUCCAAACAGUGUAUCGUACAAGCGAGUCUCCAGUUCUUGAACACGAUCAUCGAUCGACGAACGUUCGAGUCACUGUGCUCAAGGUGUACGAUCAUUUUCGACCGCUUUACAGAGUUUCGAGUCUUUUUUACCGCUUGCUAGAUGUAGGACACGGAGGACCGUCGACUAGAAGAGGUCAGGGAGCAAGAAGGAUCGAAAGGAGAUGAACGGAUCUCGAGCCAGGAUCGGAGGCCUCGUUUCGAUCGCUCGUUGCACGGGGUACUCGUUUCCAGGGACUCCCGAGCGCGUUUCGUCUGGCAACGGGGACUCGUCGGACCAAGAGGAAUUGCUAGAGUAUAUCGAAGAAUCAAUUGAAUCACCUCGAUCGUCGAGAUGAAUAUUCACGAGAAAGCUUCCGACGCAACGAACGGAUCGAAUGGUGAUCCCAGAAGUCAGUUCCCGAGCUCCUCGUCGUAUGAUCCAGCCAGUGAAUCGAGAAACAGAGAAAAAGUCAACAGUUCGUAUAAACAAGCGAGAAAGAGAAAGAGAGAGAGAGAUAGAAGAAAAAAAAGAAUAUCUUCGUUCCUUCCUUAGGAGAUAGUCCGGCCUCUCGAUUCCGCGAGCGGCCAUGCGAAACGAGACGAGAAUAGUGUUUUUAUAAUUUUUAUAUGGACGUUCAGUGGAUGGACGAUACACGGCGGAGUCUCGCGGUUUAGUCCUUAAAGGUCCUCGCGAGGAGGGCGGUGUUCAGAUUCCUUCAGCAUUGCCAACGCGAACGCACAGUACGCAUAAACGUAUUCGUAUACAUACAAAUAUAUAAUAUAUAUAUUAUAUAUAUAUUUAUCAUUGGUAUAGAAGAAAACGACGAGUAUAUCGGAAACCCCUGAACCAUUUAGACAGAGCGCACCGCGUCGGGACGAGAACGAUCGUCUACGUCGUCUACGUCGUCGUCGUCGUCGUCGUCAUCAUCCCCUGAAAUGUAUUUCGAUCGUGAUCGAGGAACCGAGCAUGUCCGACGAUCGUGUGGAUCCUUCGAACGUGAUCGAUGCUCGUGAAAUAGAAUUUAACAAAAAAGAGAGAGAGAGAGAAAGAGAAAAAUGAGGAAAAAGAAAAGAAAGAUUCUCGCGGAGUCCACCGAUGGGAUUUUCGAUCUCGGUGGUUUAAUCGUAAGGUUUAUCAAUUUUAAAAUAUCGUCUGCCGAACGAUCCGAGAUAGAAUUUCAGGGCUGUCGCGUUUAGAGACCCGACGACCCGGGCUGGUGCAAGAUUUUUAGAGGCAUUAGCGAUUUUUUCUAAUCAAAAAAAGGGUGAAGCCAGACCUCGAGUAUUAGCAUAGAGAGAUCGAAGGGUAUAGAUUAUAUAAAUACAUAUUAUGUAUAUUCUCUACACGAUUUGAUCGGAUGAGAUCAUCCCCCCUCUCCAUUCACACGUACACUUUCACACACACACGUACACACACCUGACACACGCGUCAACCCUUCCAACACACACCCCCUGUCGAUGUUAUAUUUUCUUCUGUAUCGACGAAGAGCUUCUUGAUCCCCUUUGAUCGAUGAAUUCUCGUAAUGUGCAAUAAGUUUCUUUAUUCGGCGAGGGGAAGCGUUGUUGUUUAACCGAAUGCGAGCGCGAUUGUUUGUUGUUGAUCUGGCGGUGGGAGAGUAUUUAUAUAUACGGGCUGGGCCUCUUGGAACGUGGAACUUCGCGUUUGGCACUGGCGUUAAGCUUCCAGCGUUAGAUUUUAACGUCGGGUCCUGGUGUCACGUUCUAGCGUUAAGUUCCUGGCGUUAAAUUUUAGCGUUAGGUUUCGACGUUAGGUUCCUGGCGUUAGAUUUUCAUGUUGGAUAAUUAGCGUUGGAUUCCAGCGUUACGUUUCGACGUUAGUUUCGUAGCGUUGGGUUUCUAGCGUUGAAUUCUAGCGUUGAAUCCUAACGUUGGGUUCCUAUCGUCGGGUUCUGGUUUCGGGAGGCCCAACCCUGAAUAGACGACGAGCAUGUCCGCGAGUGGGAUUUUCUUUUUCGGAAAAAAACGAAGAAUCGCUUGGCAGACCCGGCCUGCUCCGCGCCGAGACAUGAUUAUUAUUAUUUCGUAUACGUAGACCCUCUCGUUUUGCGUCUUGGGAUUGUAUAAUUUUUAGCGACUUGUACUCUUGUUCUUUACCUUUUACCUUUCACGUGUAACGAUUUAUUACGAUCGUAUUGCAAACGAUAAAUAAAAGGGCACAUCCUGACGAAAAACUGA